AUGAAUAAGUCUCAAAGAGACAGGUUCUUCCCAAGUCCCUUUCUUACCUGGUUUCACCCUGGCUCUGAAUCUCCAGCAGUGAGCACACUCCGGUGCAUAACAUGCUACCUUCGCACCCCAUCAGACCACUGUCGAAGAGGCUAUGGCUUCUGUACUGCUGAGCAGGACGCGAAAUGCAUGAUGUUAACCAUCUAUAGACAAGGCAUUCCUGAGCUAUUCUAUACGGACUGUCAGAGAUUCUGCAGAGACUUGAUAUAUAGGUUCAACAAUCGGACUUACGUUCACAACUGCUGUGACUUCGAUUAUUGUAACUUCAAAUUCUAA